GGGUUCUUAGGAGUUUCCUCCAUUUCUCCUUCUGGGUCUGCUGUUUCUGGGUCUGCUGCUGUUACUCCAGAGUCAUCCUCGUCUGAUGAGUCCUCUGACGGGGCCAUGACAUCGGUCCUGAAUCUUCCAGCAUGCAGCUUCACUGGAUGACCUCUGUUUUUUGCUGUUAUCCACUGGAUUCAAGCGUCCAUGGCUAUUUUGAGUGUAAUAGGGUCCAGCUCGAUGGUUGGCUAUGCGAUGUUCCAGAACACAGCCAGAUCCCCCGAGGGCCGGCCUUUGUUCUACCUGAACCUCUCGAAUCUCUUUUUGGGCCUGAGCUGGCUGGUCGGGGCUCUCCUGUUCAGCAGAGAGGCUGCUAAGCCCAAGAACCAGGAGGCGGCCUCUUGCUACAACCUGCAAACCACCGGACAGAUCUUCUAUGUUGCGUCUUUUCUGUACACUGUCAAUUACACCUGGUAUCUUUACAUGGACUUGAAGAUGAAAUAUAACCAGAAUCUACAAAACCGGCCACCUCAGAUUUUAAGCUACACAAAUCACAUUGGCCGAACAGCAAUCAUUUUGUGUAGUUUAAUUCCUCUCUUAUUAAUGGCUCCCGUGUUUGGGCUGGGCAACAGUUUCGAAUGUUAUCAAAAUGUCACCGCAGAGCACGGGUGCCUCAUGAUGAACGUGGAGGUCAACGCCCAGCAGCCUACCUGCUAUGCGAUGUAUUUGUAUGGCGCUGGAGUCUUCUUCAUCUCAUUCCUGGCCAGCUUCGUCGCUGUCUUGGUCUUGCUCAUUCGAGCCAGAGCGUUGUACAAGAGGUUUGUGAACUCGACUGGCUACCUGGGUGACCAGGAGUGGGCAGUGAUAAAGGUGGUCAAGCAAGGUGUGGUUUUGUACCCCGUGGUGUUUUUUUGCUGCUGGGGCCCAGCCUUUAUCCUUGGAAUUAUCAACCUGGUGCAUUUGGAUCAUACGGUUGUGUACAUGGCAUUUUGUGUUUUAGAGGCCCUGACAGCAUCCUCCCAGGGUUUCCUGAACUGUGCCGUUUACUGCUGGACCCAGCACGUGUUCCGUCGGCUGAAGCGCAAGGCCUGCCGAGACGGCGAAACGCAGACACCACUCCUGCGCUCCCAGAAGAGGUUCUACGGAAGCGUGCUCCACGCUGCCCCUUACCAGGCUGAGGCCAAGCCCGCUUCCACCUCCACGGUGCUAUGAACAAGAGUAUGUUUUGAGGCCCAGCCAGCCUCUCUGCCAGAGCACUUGAAACUCUCAUCCUCCCAUGCCUUUGACACCCACCAGGCCCCUUUCUGCAACUUGGGACACGGCACGGUUGGCAGCCCACUGGGGCCCGUCAGAUCCCCUUUGUGCCCCUAUACAUGAAGAGCCAGGGAUUCUCUCUAGCCCAUAGUUGUGCACAAUAAAUGAGGCACUCAUCAAGUGGCCUGCCCGUGACCACGAGAUGGGGGCCAACAGAUCCUCGCAUGCCCGCAUGCCCAGAGCUUUUGGUGGAGCCAGAUAAUGGAAACUUUAGUCGUGUGAGCAAGAUGAACUCUACAUUUAACUGAUGGUCAUUAUUUAUAUUUAUUUUUGGAGCCUGGGGGUUGCUUCUUUUAAUUCUGUAAUGGAUUCUGUAUGGGAGGAUUUCCCAGAAUUGCAAGGAAUUGGGUGCAGUGUGUUGCUGAAACCCAGUGUGACAACGCCCGCCUUGCGAGGGUGACCAUUUCAGAGCUGGUUGCUUAUUUGUUGCUUCCUGUUUUCAGAAAGACCAAAAGGGGGCAU